GUCUUCCAUCACUGUUAGAAUUUCUCACAGUGUGAAGAGAACUGCAGAGAAAUUAGAUUGACCCUUUGGAUUCUCUCGAUUACCAAAAAUCUAGGGUUUUGUUUCUGCCCCAGAGCAAGGAAUAAAGGGACCUUUACUUCUAUAAGGAAUUCGGGAGGUAUGCAGUCAAAAUCAGAAAAUGCAAAUCGGCUAGACCUUGGUUCACAUGCCAUUCCGCCGUCAAGCGUCUAUCCUGAACCUUGGUGGCGGAACAUUGGGUACAAUCCCAUCUCCCCGGCUGUGACAGGGGGGAAUGUAUCCAAUUCAUCGUCUUUGGAAUGCCCAAAUGCUCGUUCAGAUUCCAAUGAUGGUCAUUCACUGUCAAAUAAUGAACUGAAUGAGGAAGAUGACGAUGCCACCAAAGAAUCACAAAAUACUACGUAUUCACGAUCAGCAGGAAAUUAUGGACAAGAACACCAAAAUGUGCAGCAUGUUACGUCAACUGCACCUUCUAUGCGUGAUGAAUGCCUUACACAACCUGCACAGCUUGAACUUGUUGGUCACUCAAUUGCAUGUGCAUCAAAUCCAUAUCAGGAUCCAUAUUACGGGGGAAUGAUGGCAGCUUAUGGGCAUCAACCUUAUGGUUAUCCUCCUUUUCUUGGAAUGCCUCAUGCUAGGAUGCCUUUGCCCCUCGAGAUGGCACAAGAGCCUGUUUAUGUGAAUGCCAAACAGUACCAAGGUAUUCUGAGGCGGAGACAGGCACGUGCUAAAGCCGAGCUUGAAAAGAAGUUGAUAAAGGCUAGAAAGCCAUAUCUCCAUGAAUCUCGGCACCAGCAUGCUAUGAGAAGGGCCAGGGGGAGCGGAGGACGGUUUGCAAAGAAAGGUGAUGUUGAUUCUUCGAACCAUGAUGCCAAAGAAAAGGGCAUAGGUUCUGGGCCAGCUCUCUCAUCACAGUCUGCAAGUUCAUCUGGUUCGGAACCGUUGCUUACUGAUUCUGCCGAAACAUGGAAUUCCUCCCAUGGGCAACAGGGAGGGAGGCAUGAUGCAUCUGAAGCUCAAAAUUAUGUAAAUGGUGGUGACCACUACCAAAAUCACAACGGCUUGAAGGCCUCAUCAUAUCUGCAUGCUGGCGAAAGAGGUGAGGAAGGAGACUGUUCAGGCCAGCAAUGGGGAAGCAUCUCUUCUAAGCAGUCCUCACAAAGGCGUCUUGCCAUACAAUGAAUCCCUGCAGAAGUUGGGUGUCAAUAUGGAGGAUUAGAACCCCACCCUGAUGGAACAGGAUGUAUUUCCUGUAUAUCUGUUGAUAGCAUUCUUGGCAAUUUGUAUGCCAGGCGGCAAAUCAUUCUUGGCUUUUAUAUUAUGCAUGUGACAUGGAUGAAAGGGUGGAGAAGAGAUGAUGAGUGGGCCAUGUUGUGGCUUCUCAAAAGGUUUCCAGUGUUUCAUCCCAUCCUCUUCUUUCAUAUGGCUGUUUGUACAGAGUUAGAGAUUAGACGACUCAAAGUUUGCCUCUUAAACUAUGGGUUAAUGUAGAAACCAUCUUGUUUGAUAGGAGGCUUGAUCAUCUUUGUGUACUUUUAAGUUAAUGUUGCUCAUAGGAUUUGAAUUGUGGCAUAUCUUGCAAAACUUUGAAGGCUUCGAAAUAUUUGAUUUUCAUCCA